UCAACAUGGUAUUUAAGUUCGUAGCUUUCGCUGUUCUCGUGGCUGCUGCCAACGCCGGCCUUCUAAGCACCCCUUACCAAGCUGCUCCAGUAGCUUCUUUGGCCUAUGCCGCUCCAGUAGCUAAAUACGCCGCCCCUCUUGCCGUAGCCAAGACCGUGGUUCAAGAAGAAUACGACCCUCACCCACAAUACAACUACGGCUACGAGGUACAAGACGGUUUGACCGGAGACAGCAAGUCCCAACACGAAUCUCGUGACGGAGACGUAGUACAAGGAAGCUACUCCCUCAUCGACGCCGAUGGCCACAAACGUACCGUCCAAUACACCGCUGACCCAAUCCACGGAUUCAACGCCGAAGUCAUCAGAGAACCACUUGCUGUCAAAGCUGUAGCUCCAGUCGUUGCUAAAGUUGCUGCUCCAUUGACCUAUGCCGCCCCAAUUGCCAAAAUCGCUUCUCCAUACGGCUACUCUACUCCAGCAGCUAAAUUAGUUUCUUCUUACUACCACUAAAUUAAAUUAUUUAUGAUAUUUAUUUAUUUAUUACUAUAAUAAAAUAUGUGAAAAACUUA